AUGGAAGCUGAGGUGCGUGAAGAGGGAGUGAGCAACAAUACCCAGCCUGCAAGAAGGGUGUUGGCCUCUUACACUAUCCCCAAUGCAAGAAACUGCGGGAGUAGCAUACUCACUCCCAACGUUCAUGCAAAUAAUUUUGAGUUGAAGCCUCAACUUAUCACUCUGGUGCAGAACAAUUGCUCCUAUGGAGAAAGUCCACUUGAAGAUCCAAACCAACACUUAUCCAUCUUCCUCAGGAUUUGUGAAACUAUCAAAACAAGUGGUGUGCAUCCAGACAUCUACAAGCUGCUGCUGUUUCCAUUCUCUCUAAAGGAUAAGGCCACUCAAUGGCUAGAGACAUUCCCCAAAGAAAGCAUUAAUAAUUGGGAAGACUUAGUGAGCAAAUUCCUAGCCAAGUUCUAUCCUCCCCAAAGGAUUAUCAAGCUGAAAACAGAGGUGCAAACAUUCAUUCAAAUGGAUGGAGAGUCGCUGUAUGAUGCUUGGGAAAGAUACAAGGCCUUAAUCAGGAAAUGUCCCCCAGAAAUGUUUAGUGAGUGGGAUAGACUCCAAAACUUCUAUGAAGGAUUGACCCAGAAAGCUCAAGAAGCAUUAGAUCAUUCCGUUGGAGGCUCUCUGCAGCUAAUGAAGACAGCAGAUGAAGCCCAAAACCUCAUAGAGAUGGUGGCAAACAAUCAAUAUUUCUUUGCUCAUCAAAGACAACGCCAACCAGCCCAGAGAAGGGAUGUGCUGGAGCUUGAAGGUGUUGGCGUUCUCUUGGCACAAAACAAACAAAUGCAUCAACAGCUUCAGCAACAAAUAGAAAUAAUGGCCAAGAAAAUUGAUGGACUGCAAGGUGUUGCAGUAAACACACAACGCCAAUCUCAAACCUCACAUGGGUGGAAUCAAUCUGAAGAAAGUUUUGGGACAUUCAAUUUUCAGCAACAAAGCCCUGAGCAGGAAGCUGCAAGGAAAGAUCAGGCCCUGGCAUUCAAAAACCAAGAGGCCUCAAUCAGAAACCUUGAGAGACACAUGGGGCAAAUGGCGAAGCAAAUUUCAGAAAUGGAUGAGAAGAGAGCAAAUGCCUUCCCCAAUGUCACUGAAGAACACCGAAGAGACAAAGGAAAAGCCACAAAAUGGGAGGAGUGCAAAGCAAUCACAGUGGGAAGUGAGAAGACUAUGAAGAAGGAAGCCAUCAAUCUGGACAAUCACAACAGAGAAGUUCCACAAGAAGAGACAGAGGGAAAAAGUAAAGAGGAUCAAGAAACCAAAAAUGCACAAAUUUCAAAUGGAUACAAGAACACCCUUGAAUCACAACUACAUGAGAAGAGGGAAGGAGUGAAUCCUUGUGUCCCCAAACUUCCAUACCCUCAGAGGUUCAAAAAAGAAAAUAAGGAUAAGCAAUACUCAAAAUUCCUGGACAUAUUCAAAACACUCAGCAUCAAUAUUCCUUUCUUGGAAGCACUUGAACAGAUGCCACUAUAUGCCAAAUUUAUGAAGGAAGUGCUGACAAAGAAAAGAUCCCUGAAGGAAGGACAGAUUGUUGAGAUGACAAAGGAAUGGUUGGUGGUAAAGGCAAAGGCAAAUGAAGCCGCCAUUGCAGAGGUGCGGAGACCACUGGCGAAGAACGACUCAAACCCGAAGACGCAAUUCUUGUAG